UCAUAUUUCCACAAAUGAAACUGAAAGUUUGUUUGAGUGAGACAGCAGAGUGCCAUCGAGUUUCUCUAAAGAAAGAUUCAACUGAAUCCAUCAGGUUUUUCUCAACAAAACAACAGAAUCUCUGCCAAACACUGUGAAGAUAUGUCUGCUGCCAGCUGUCUGCUGACUGAGGAUCAGUUUCUGUGCUCCAUCUGUCUGGAUGUGUUCACUGAUCCAGUCAGCACACCAUGUGGACACAACUUUUGUAAAAGCUGCAUCACUGAACACUGGAAUAUUAAUGUCCAGUGUCAGUGUCCCAACUGUAAAGAGGUUUUCAACAUGAGACCUGACCUGCGGGUCAAUAGUUUCAUCUCUGAGAUGGCUGCUCAGUUCAGACAGUCAGCUCAACAGAAAACCAGCAUUAGAUCAGAGCAACAGGUUUCCAAACCAGGAGAGGUUCCCUGUGAAGACUGCACUGGAACCAAACUGAAAGCCAUGAAGUCUUGCCUGGUGUGUCUAUCCUCCUACUGUGAGACUCACCUGGAGCCUCAUCUGACAAAGCCAGGUCUGAAAAGACAUCAGCUGAUCGACCCUGUGGACAACCUGGAAGGCAGGAUGUGUAAGAAGCAUGAUAAACUGCUGGAUCUGUUCUGUAAGACUGACCAGAUGUGUGUCUGCAUCCUCUGCACCCUUUCAGACCACAAGACACAUGAUGUCAUUCCUCUAAAAGAGGAAUAUGAAGUAAAGAAGACAGAGCUGGUAAAGAAAGAUACUGAAAUUCAUCAGAUGAUCCAGAAGAGACAAUUGAAGAUUCAGGAGCUCAAACGCUCAGUGGAGCUCAGUCAGGAAGAUGCAGACAGAGAGAUAGCAGAUGGUGUUCAGGUCUUCACCGCUCUGAAGGAGUCUGUUGAGAGAAGCCAGGCAGAGUUUAUUGACAUGAUCAAAGAGAAGCAGAGAAAGACUGAGAGACAGGCAGAAUACUCAAUUAAAGAGCUGGAACAGGAAAUCUCUGAGCUGAAGAAGACGAGCACUGAGGUGCAGCAGCUCUCACAGUCUGAAGACCACUUCCAACUCCUCCAAAGCUUCGCAUCCAUGAACAUUGUUCUACCCACCAAGGACUGGACAGAAGUCAGUGUCCGUCCACCUUCAUAUGAGGGAACUGCAGUGAGAGCUUUGGCUCAGCUGGAGGAGAUGCUCAGUAAACAGAUGAAGCUUGAGAGCAAGCUGAAGAGGGUCCAGCAGUAUGCUGUGGAUGUAACACUUGAUCCUGAUACAGCAAAUCCCUGGCUCAUCCUGUCUAAUGAUGGCAAACAAGUUAAAUUUGGUGAUGUAAGUAAGAAUGUCCCAGACAACCCAGAGAGGUUUAAUACUUAUGCUCAUGUCUUAGGAAAGCAGAGUUUCUCUUCAGGAAGAUUUUACUAUGAGGUUCAGGUUAAAGGGAAGACUGAGUGGGAUUUAGGAGUGGCCAGAGAGUCAAUGAACAGGAAGGAAAAAAUGAUUCUGAGCCCUCAGUAUGGUUACUGGACGAUAUGUUUAAGGAAUAAAAAUGAGUACAUAGCUUGUAAUCAUCCUUCAGUCCGUCUUUCUCUGAAGUCAAAGCCUGAGAAGGUGGGUGUGUUUGUGGAUUACGAGGAGGGUCUCGUCUCUUUUUAUGAUGUUGAUGCUGCAGCUCUGAUUUAUUCAUUUACUGAUUGCUCUUUUACUGAGAAACUCUACCCAUUCCUUGGAACUUGUCAUAAUAAUGAUGGUAAAAACUCUGCCCCCCUGAUCAUCUCUCCUGUCAACCACACAGAGUAGAAAAAAAGUUUUUUUACAGAAAGAUUCACUGUAUGGUAUUUAUAGAUUGUAGUUUUUUUUAAUCAUCUUAUCAAUUUGUUUUUUUUUCCUUUUGUUCUCUGAAUGCUCUAUAAACAUCAUCAGCUGUUUUCAGACUUGUGUUUACCUGAAAGCUCCAACACUCAUCACAUUUUAAAUAGUCUGUAGUGUAUAUAAUAUAAUGUUAUUCAAAGUUUAAGCCUGUAGAUGUGAAUCUAUGUCAGUCUAUGUCAGCACUGUCAUAGACUGGUGACCUGUACAUGAUGUACGCACACCCGUAUUGCCCAAGGCUAGGCUGGAGAAGGACUAGCAGUAUGAAGUACUCAAUCCUGAAACAGCACAGAUUGAUCUUAUCCUGUCUGAUGAUGGGAAGAAAAGGUGUGGGAGUUUGUGGAGCAGGGUCUGGGUUAAUUUUGUGACGUUGAUACUGCAGUUCUUCUCACAGCCUUUCUGUAUGAUAUAGCGUGCAAGCACGACUGUUUUGUACAUUCUUCCUUUGCUUGUUUCUUGUUUCUAAGAAUUAGAAUUACAGAUUCCUAAAUUAAAAACAUUUCAUUACAUA